GAUUUGGAGACACCGCCAUCCCUGCCGCCACCACGGCCAACACCGGUGCCAUGCGCCGCCGCCGCCGCCGCGCCGCCGCCGCCGCCGCCCGCCCGCCGCCCACCAUGGCCCCGCAGCAAACAGGUAGCAGGAAGCGGAAAGCGCCUGAGGUGGAGGAGGGCGCCGGGAGCUCGUCGUCUCCGGGUACCGCGGCCGCGGCGGGCCACGCGGAGGGGCCUCUGCUGCUGCCCAAGAGGCCGCGGCGGCCCGCGGCGCGCCGCUCGCUGCUUCACUACCUAAACGGCCGCGAGCUGGGCGAUGCGGGCCACGGCGGGCUCGCUGGCUUCGAGGGCGAACUGCGCAGCUACGCGGUGCACAGGCUGCCGGAGCUGCUGCGGGAGCGCCAGCUGCCCCUCGGCCCCCUCAACAAGGUGUUCGCAUCACAGUGGCUCAACGCCAGGCAAGUGGUGUGUGGCACCAAGUGCAACACACUUUUUGUGGUGGAUGUCCAGUCGGGUCACAUCACACGCAUCCCCCUAAUGCGGGACAGGGGUCCUGGACUGGCCCGUGCCCAGCCCACCUGUGGCAUCCAUGCCAUCCAGCUGAAUCCUUCCAAGACCCUCUUGGCCACCGGGGGUGAAAACCCCAACAGCCUGGCAGUCUACCAGCUUCCCACCCUGGACCCUCUGUGCUUGGGGGACCGCCAAGGCCACAGAGACUGGAUCUUUGCCAUCGCCUGGAUGAGCGACACUGUGGCCGUGAGUGGCUCCAGAGAUGGCACCGUGGCACUGUGGCGACUAGACCCUGACAUGUUCGGUGGCAGCAUUCCCGGGAACAACCAUGCAGGGAUUCCACGGUAUGCACAUAUCCGUCCAAAGGACAUGGAGGCCAUCCCCAGAGCCACCUCCAACCCUGGUAACCGCAAAGUGAGAGCCCUGGCGUUUAGUGGCAAAAACCAGGAGCUGGGAGCAGUGUCCCUGGAUGGCUACUUCCACCUGUGGAAAGCCCGGAGCUCCCUGUCCAGGCUGUUGUCUUUCAGGCUGCCUUACUGCCGAGAAAAUGUGUGCCUCACCUACUGCGAUGACUUGUCCCUCUAUGCAGUGGGUUCCCAGUCUCAUGUCUCCUUCCUGGACCCAAGACAGCGCCAGCAGAAUAUCCGGCCCCUGUGUUCCCGAGAAGGAGGUACAGGUGUUCGUUCCUUGAGUUUCUACCAGCACAUCAUCACAGUGGGCACUGGUCAUGGAUCUUUGCUCUUCUAUGACAUUCGUGCCCAGAAGUUCCUGGAGGAGAGAUCUUCAGCCAGCCCAGAUGCUUUUCUUGGGCCCACAGGCAGGAAGCUCAAACUCACCUGUGGUAGAGGCUGGCUCAACCAAGAUGAACUCUGGGUGAACUACUUUGGUGGUAUGGAAGAGUUCCCCAAUGCACUCUACACCCACUGCUACAACUGGCCAGAAAUGAAGCUCUUCGUGGGUGGAGGACCACUGCCUUCAGGCCUCCAUGGCAACUAUGCAGGCCUCUGGAGUUAAGGAUGGCUCCUUCUUGUCAAAGUGCACAGACUUAUCUUUCACUUCAGUCUUUCUUCAUUCUCUCUGUGUGUGUGUGAGAGAGAGAGAGAAAGAGAGAGAGAGAGAGAGAGAGAGAGAGAGAGAGAGAGCCUGUGUUAGUGUCUGUGUAUGCACUCGUCCACUUUUGAGUGUCUUCUAUCUUCAAGGUGGAAUUGGCCCAUUUUACCAGUACUUACUAAUAGAGGGAGGGUGAAGGGAGAGAGAAAGGCGUAGAGAGAGAUCCUUUUGGCAAUCAAAAUUUGGUUGGAAGACUUUUGUGCACUUUCCUAAGAAACACUACAUUUUUGCUGUAUCAUACAGAAACAAUCUUAGUCUUGUUUUAAGGGAUCUGUGUGUGCUCUUUCUUUAGCCUAAUGUAGUCAUUUGUCUUUCUUCACUUUAGUACAGUUUUACCAGAAUUUCAGUAUGUUCAAAAUUUAUAAAUAUUUCAGGCUGUAUGGUAUUUUGAGAUAUUAAAAUUGUUGUUGGGCUGAUUUGAGGAACUAUUCAUCCUUUAAAGCACUAUUCAAAUUAGAAAAUGUUGUUCAAGUUGUAGAUUAUUACAAUUUGUUGUGUCUUUCAUUUGA